UAUUUCUUACCGCCACAGUCUCUUUUCAUCCGCGUGUAAUGAGCACAUUGUUUCGCAAAAAUGAAAGGUCAUUUUCCUAUUGCAGUCUUUCUUCUGGCGAUGUGUCCUUUCACUUUCGCACAGGGUGACCUUAAAAGCGCAAAAGCAGAAUUCACGAGGCUACAAAAUGAGCUAACAGGCGCCAACAUGAAGAGCGACAUUCUGUUCCUCCUCGACAGUUCAGGAAGUGUGUAUGCGAAUUUUUUCACGGCUGAAAAGAUCUUUGUGACGAGCUUUUUGAACAGUAUAACUGUGAGCUAUCGGGCUGCCAGAGUAGAGGUGAUACCUUUUGGUACAUUCGCAAGCCGAUAUAUAGACGGAGUCUCCAAUUCCUCUUUAAAGCAACACAAGUGCAAUCUGUAUGAAAGGUUCCUACCUCUCCAUAAUCAUCUCCAUGGUUACAUGAGGAACACGAAGGCUGCCUUUCAACUGGCCUACGAAGUGUGCUUUGGAUCUUUCAGACCUUAUAAAAGAUCUCAAGUGAAAACAGUCGUUAUUCUCAUCACGGACGGAAAUUGGAAUUGGCCAUGGCAAGACCCUAGCCCCGUUCCUACUGCCAAGAGACUGUAUGAAAACCGUGUAGAGGUGAUUGCAAUUGGCAUUGGACCCGGAGUUUACAAGUACAACCUUUUGCAGUUGGUUCAAGAUUCAAACAAACAAGCAUUUUAUUUGCAAAACUUUGAUCAGUUAAGGGAGCUGUCGUUCCAUAUCAGACGAGGUAAGUUUCGUAAUAUUUAAUUUGAAUAGUUAUGAAAUCACCAAAGAAAGAGAGCUACAAUCAAGCAUGUAUAGAAGAAAUGUUAUUCUAGGCUUCAGAGAUCGCUUUAUUGCGACAAGAUUGUCUCGUAUGGUCGAAAAUGACCACACUCCUCAGGCAAUUACAGCGAAUGAAAUUCAGUAUAUGUGUGUAUGUAUAUGCCUGUCUGAUAAAUAUUGGUCGAAAAGUCUGAACAAGAAUAAAUUCGACUCCUCAGUUGGCAGUAGAUCAAGUCUGUAUAGUGAAGUGAACAACGAAGUCAGAUUUGAAUCUUAUCUUGAUUUAAUAACGAACGUUAACACAAGAGUGGCAGUGACCAAAAUGCGAAUUUCUUGCCACUUGCUACCUAUUGAAUCUGGGCGCUACAAGAAGAUACCCAGAGUUCAGAGGCUUUGCCCCCUUUGCAAUAGAUCCGAAAUUGGUGAUGAAUUCCACUAUUUGUUGAAAUGUACCCACCCAUCACUUUCUCAUACAAGGGGUGUCUUCUUGGAGAGCCUAUACUCGAUAAACAGUAAUCUUACGAAUAUGUCUUGUAAGGCACUAUUUUUAUAUAUCAUGUCUAUGUGCGAUCAAAACAUCUUAAAUCUCAGUGCCUCUUAACUGCCUACGGGUGCAGUAAGGGAGUGUCGGUUAACUAUAAAGUUUCGUUUUAUUUCUUCUAGACCCGUUUGGUACACAAUUGCAGCCUGUAGAGCGCAGCAACUGUAAUAAUUUGUGCGACCCAAUAGCACACUGUGCCUGUCAUUUAGUGUACGCACACUACUGGUGCUUGUGUCCAGAGGGAUUCGAAGGUUCAGGAACAGUGGGACAAUGCCACAGUAAGUUUACAACCAACAGUAUUUCUUUAGGAAAUACAAGGGCGAGCCUGAGAGGGGUGGGGUGGGGCUGGAAUUGUUUAAUUAGGAGGGACCCUUUAUUUUGAGACUUUGGGAGGGCCUCCCAGUUUCUCUCUCCUCGGCCCCUAAAAGUAUGGAAAAACUUGUUGGAGAUCAGCCUGAUAAUACCACUUUUACGUUUUCCUUUUACGUGCUAUUUUUUGGGGGUUGAAGGGAGAUUACAGACGGCUUAACACGCCACAGCUAAGCUUUUGGGUAGAGCCUUGCCUCUCACAAGGGUCCCCUACUUGCCUCAAAUGGACCCUGGGGAGGCCCCCUGGGGAUCACAGAAACCCUGAGAUCUCCAACAAUAUUACACAACUCGCUGCUAAUUCAUUAUUUGUUGCAAAUAAUUCCACAGGGCUUCAAGGCAAGAAAAAAAAGUGA